AUGAACGAGCAGUUUUCUAAAUUAUCACUUGGUCAGGAAGGUAGAAAGGCGGAUGGUUCGAGUGCAGGGACUCCAGGACAGGUUUCGUCAAGUUCUUCCUCGCAUUAUGGUAAUAUAAAUGCUAAUUUGCAUGCCAGGGUGAAGGCUUUCCAGGAGCAGAGGGCCCUUAAAAGAACUGGGAGUGUUGGGAGUAAUAAGAGUGAGACUGAUAGUAGUGGAAAAGUGAAGAAUGCUCAGGAAAUGCAACAGAUUGUCAAUAAACCGUUGCCCCCUCUGCCUGCAGCGGAUCAAGCUGAGGCUCAAGCAGUGCUGGAACAGCGUUCAGAACGAAAGGAAGGCUCUUUGGAUAAUAAGGCACAGUUUAACCCCAGUAGGAGGGCUCCAAGACGACCUCCAACGGCCAGACCUGUUGCUCAGGGGAUAAGUAGUCAACCGGCACAGAGUCUGAGUGCACGUCGAGGUUUGAAAUUGCCUAUGGGGGGUAUGUCGCUGAAAUUGCCCGGGAAGACUGAGAAACCGACGCAUUCGACUCAGGAAUUUGCAUCUACACCUUCUAAUAGUAACCAUAUAAUUGCUUCAACUACGACUGUGAGUGGCGGGGUAGGUGGUAAUAGGUCAAAUCCGGGGUCUUUAGUCAAUGGGAUCCAAUCGACGUCGACUUCGUCUAGUAACGAGGAGCAACGUGAUACGGAGGGUACUGCGCCAAGAAAUACCAACAGUAAUUCCGGUGGUUUGUUUGCCAAUUUCUCCAAGUACGUUGAUAUUAAGUCAGGCUCUCUGAAUUUCGCUGGUAAAUUAUCGUUGUCCUCGGAAGGUAUCGAUUUUGGGAAUGGUAAUAGUUCAAGGAUUACACUCGAUGAAUUGGAGUUUAUCGAAGAAUUGGGCCACGGUAAUUACGGUAAUGUGUCCAAAGUACUACACAAACCCAAUAACGUGAUAAUGGCAAUGAAGGAGGUCAGAUUGGAAUUGGAUGAGGCAAAGUUUAGACAGAUUUUGAUGGAAUUAGAAGUUCUACACAAAUGUCAAUCGCCGUAUAUCGUUGAUUUUUAUGGAGUCUUUUUCAUCGAAGGUGCUGUCUACAUGUGCAUGGAAUUCAUGGAUGGAGGUUCGCUCGAUAAGAUCUACGAUGCAUCACCGGAAAUGGGUGGCAUAGAUGAACCACAAUUAGCAUAUAUUACGCACGCAGUGAUUGAAGGUCUGAAAGAGUUGAAGGACGUCCAUAAUAUUAUUCACAGAGAUGUUAAACCAACAAAUAUUUUAUGUUCAGCAAAGCACGGAACUGUCAAAUUAUGUGAUUUUGGUGUCUCAGGUAACUUAGUUGCUUCUCUCGCCAAAACAAACAUAGGUUGCCAGUCUUACAUGGCUCCAGAACGUAUCAGAUCCCUAAAUCCCGAUAGAGUCACCUACACAGUUCAGUCGGAUAUAUGGUCUCUUGGCCUAAGUAUUUUAGAGAUGGCCCUUGGGAGGUAUCCAUAUCCUCCAGAGACUUUCGAUAACAUUUUCUCGCAAUUAAGUGCCAUCGUUGAUGGCCCACCACCAAAACUACCUCGUGAGAAGUUCAGUUCAGAUGCACAAGAUUUCGUCUCUGUGUGUUUACAAAAGAUCCCGGAGAGAAGACCCACUUAUGCUGCUCUCUUGGAACAUCAAUGGCUGAAGAAGUACAAGGACGUUGACGUCGAGAUGAGCAAUUAUAUCACAACAAGGCUACACAAACGGAAAGAACUGCUUGCUGAAAGAGGUGAGAAAGAACUUCCAAAACACCUUCCUGCAUUGCAUAUGGGCGGCUUGUAA